AUGCUGCGUCUGGGUAGCGUCUUCGCCCUUCUAUUCUUUGCUGUUCCUCAGGGAGGGACAGUGCCACCGCAGUGUUUUGCUGAGGGUCUUUCACCUACAUGUCAAGGACCAUUCACCGGCCUUACGAAGUUGUGUUUAAAGGGCUGCAAUCUUACAACUUUUCCACCCGAUGUAGAGAAAAUACCAAUGGAUCUCACGAUACUCGAAAUAUCGAGAAACAAUGAAUUUACCUUUAUUAGUAAAGGCAUGCUUUCAAACUUCGUUCAACUGACUGAACUGUGUCUUUUUUCGAACUUCAUCGAGAAUAUCGAAAACUACUCGUUUGCUAAGUUAACUGCUCUUCGUAGAUUGGAUUUAAGUUUUAACCAACUUACCUUCGUAAGCAAAGAAAUGCUCUUUGGUCUUUCCAGUUUAACUUAUUUAACUUUAUGGAGUAACAAGAUUGGCUUUAUGAAGGACGACUCAUUCUCUCACCUUAGCGCCUUGUAUCAUUUAGAACUUUUUGAAAAUUCUGUUAAGCGUAUCCCAUCUUUCUCUUUCUGGGGGCUAAAGAAUCUGCGGUUACUAAACCUUCGAAGUAACCCAAUAACAGAGAUUGAAAUUAAGGCCUUUGAUGUAUCUUUACGUCCUGAUAACAUUAAAGUAAACCUUGACAAAAAGUUUCUUUGUUGCUCGCGGAAUCACUACAAGCAGUUAAACUAUGUUGAUCAAAACUGCACUUACAAUGGAGACAUUGUAGACUUUGAAACUUUUGACAAAAAAUGUCCAUCUAGUAGACCCAAAUCUUUGGAUACAAGGAUUAAAUUUGUAGCCUAUCCAAAUUUCCCCCAACUCUUGGUAUGAAUAGAAGUGUGGACAAUCCAAAAUACCCUCCAACUCUUGAUAAAAAUGGAAAUGUAGACGAUCCGAAAUCACCCCUUGCUGUUAAUAGAUGUAAUCCUGGAUCUUCCCCAACUAUUGGUAAAAAUACUGAGGAAACAUUGGGAAUUUCUCAAAAGGAAGUUAUGGUUAACAGUUAUACCAAAAAAGGGGGGUUUGCUAUGGGGUUAAAACCUCUUCGAACUUACAUUACGCUCACUGGCUUUUGGUAUAUUUAUUUCUACUUGUGUAAACUGUAAAAAGCGUAACUAUUUAUUAAUAAAA